AUGAUAGUUGACUUCCUUGCAAUAGUUGCUGAGGUUCCAGUAAUUCUCAAAGUUGAAACAGAAGGUGACAAGUUUGCCAUCUCCAAUACUGGUGAAUUCACUACAAAGGUGGCGCUCGACUAUGAUGAUGCUCCACACAACUACUCUGUGGAAAUCUCCAUCACUGACGGCACCAACAAUGACAAUGCAGUCGUAGAGGUUGAAGUCACUGAUGUCAAUGAUAACAGUCCUGUGUUUACCUCCAGUUCUGUCACAAAAUCUGUCCCAGAGGACGCAGACGUAGGAACCACUGUUACUGCAGUUCCAGCUACAGACAAAGACAGUGGCUUAAACAGGGAGAUCAGAUACUCGCUGAGAGGAGGACUGGGGAGGUUUUCUAUCGAUCCUGUGUCUGGGGUGGUAAGUGUAGCUGCUGCUCUUGACAGGGAGACCCAGGCAGAGCACGAACUGCUGGUGGUGGCUGAAGAUCAGGGUCGUCCAGCCAGGACAGCCACAGCCACACUGCUGGUCCAAGUGUCCGACAUCAACGACAACGUCCCGAAGUUCUCUGAGGCCGAGUAUCAGGUGGAAGUCUUAGAAACGGUGGCAGUGGGUACAAGCUUGCACAGCUUGUCAGCCACAGACCCUGAUGAAGGCGCCAAUGGAAGAGUUACUUACAGCAUUACCCAGCAGAGUCCCUCAUCAGAGAAUGCUGUGUUUGAGUUGGACUCCUCCAGUGGGACUCUGCAGCUGGUCCAGCCUCUGGACUACAGCAAGGUGGAGGUGUACAGGCUGACGGUUCAGGCCUCUGAUGGGGGGACUCCCUCUCUGAAUGAGAGCGCCUCUGUGGUGGUGAAGGUGAAGGACGUGAACAACAACCCACCAGAGUUCAGCAAGGAAAGCUAUGAGGUCUCCAUCUCUGAGAAUCUGGCCAAUGGUGCAUCUAUUCUGACUCUGGAGGUGACUGAUAAGGAUGAGGUUGACUUCUUUGCAGUAGGGGAUCCUCCAGUAAUUCUCAAAGUUGAAACAGAAGGUGACAAGUUUGCCAUCUCCAAUACUGGUGAAUUCACUACAAAGGUGGCGCUCGACUACGAUGAUGCUCCACACAACUACUCUGUGGAAAUCUCCAUCACUGAUGGCACCAACAAUGACAGUGCAGUCGUAGAGGUUGAAGUCACUGAUGUCAAUGAUAACAGUCCUGUGUUUACCUCCAGUUCUGUCACAAAAUCUGUCCCAGAGGACGCAGACGUAGGAACCACUGUUACUGCAGUUCCAGCUACAGACAAAGACAGUGGCUUAAACAGGGAGAUCAGAUACUCGCUGAGAGGAGGACUGGGGAGGUUUUCUAUCAAUCCUAUGUCUGGGGUGGUAAGUGUAGCUGCUGCUCUUGACAGGGAGACCCAGGCAGAGCACGAACUGCUGGUGGUGGCUGAAGAUCAGGGUCGUCCAGCCAGGACAGCCACAGCCACACUGCUGGUCCAAGUGUCCGACAUCAACGACAACGUCCCGAAGUUCACUGAGGCCGAGUAUCAGGUGGAAGUCUUAGAAACGGUGGCAGUGGGUACAAGCUUGCACAGCUUGUCAGCCACAGACCCUGAUGAAGGCGCCAAUGGAAGAGUUACUUACAGCAUUACCCAGCAGAGUCCCUCAUCAGAGAAUGCUGUGUUUGAGUUGGACUCCUCCAGUGGGACUCUGCAGCUGGUCCAGCCUCUGGACUACAGCAAGGUGGAGGUGUACAGGCUGACGGUUCAGGCCUCUGAUGGGGGGACUCCCUCUCUGAAUGAGAGCGCCUCUGUGGUGGUGAAGGUGAAGGACGUGAACAACAACCCACCAGAGUUCAGCAAGGAAAGCUAUGAGGUCUCCAUCUCUGAGAAUCUGGCCAGUGGUGCAUCUAUUCUGACUCUGGAGGUGACUGAUAAGGAUGAGGGUGGAUUCUCAAAUGGCUACUUCCUCUACGAAAAUGAUACUUUUGACAUUAGCAAUCAAGGCAUCGUCUCAUUGAGGAAAGACGUCACCUUGGACAGAGAGAAAACAGACAGCUACAUAUUACAGGUUGUGGCAGUAGAUCAGGUCACUAACGGUCUGAGCUCCACCGCUCAGCUCAACGUCACCGUCCUCGACUUCAACGACAACACUCCACAGUUCCCAAGUAUCCCUGAUCCCCUGUGGAUCCCUGAGGGCGACUACUCAGAGGAGUCUCCAGGAAAAAUCUUCACCAUCGUGCCCACAGACGUUGAUCUCGGCCUCAAUGGAGAGGUCAUCCUCUCCCUCCCCUCCCCACACCCACUCUUCAGGUUCAGAGAGGACGGGACGUUGCUGGCUGUUGCCCCUCUGGAUCGAGAGAGCAGGGACACAUAUGAGCUGGUUGUUAAGGCUUCAGAUAAAGGCGUCCCUCAGAGAGAGACCAUCACCACCAUCAGAGUGAGCCUCUCUGACGUCAACGACAACAAACCAGAGUUCAGCUCCAGCAGCUACGUCAGCAGCAUCCUGCUGAAAGAUGCAGAGGCAGGGAAGCUGCUGCUGACACUGUCCGCCACCGACCGAGACAUGGGGGACAACGGCAUCAUCACCUACAGUUUCUCUGCAGGAAACUCUCCAUAUUUGGCCCUAAACAGUGAGACUGGAGAAGUGAUGUUGACCUCUGACCUUGCUGAUGUAACAGAAGACACCGCGGUGGAGCUGACAGCCAUGGCUAAAGACCACGGCCAGCCUCCCCUCGACUCCACAGCUCGUGUCGUGGUGAACCUGAGGGUUUCCAGUCUGGUGGAGGCCGUGGCCUUCCAAAGCUCCUCCUACACCUUCAGCCUACCUGAGAACCUGCCAGUGGGGGCGACGGUUGGAAAGGUCAAGGCCUCCUCAGGAAGCGACCUUUACGACGUGGCCUACGCACUAAAAAAGUACACUGACCUGUUCUCCAUCGACACCAGUGGAGCCAUCCUGACUACUGCACAGCUGGACAAAGAACAGCAGGAGUGGUUCAUCCUGGACGUGGAGGCUGUGGACACACGGACCCCCCUACAACAGCAGUGGCAACAGUCAGUGUGCAGGUGGAGGAUGUAAAUGAGCCUCCAUACUUUCCCUCUGAGGUUUAUGAAGCCUCUGUGCUAAGCAUCGCCCCGUAUAAAACCCCUGUCAUCACCGUCAAGGCUUCAGACCCAGAUGUUGGAGAUGAGGGCCAGCUGCUCUACAGUCUGUCAGCUGACAGCCUCUACUUUGACGUGGAGCCGUCCUCAGGUCAGGUGUACGUGGUGUCAGCAGC